AUGACCCAUCCCAAGCCCUGCCGCAGUCAUGUUACACAGAGAAAAGUUUUUGAUGCUCUCCUUAAAAAAUAUAUAAAAAAACGUUCCAUUCUCUCUCUGCAUUCACCGGUCAUUUCACUUGGGCCCAUGGGAGGGUAGUUCUGCUGCUUUUACCGGUUAGGGUUUAGGGUAGGGAUGUCCCAAGGAAACAGGAUUGCACUAAUUAAGCCUGUGAGAAUGGUCGCUCUCCGGCUGUGAGAGACCAGUCAUGCCCUCUGCUGGCCAGACCUGGGGCUGUAUGAACUCAGAACUAGGAAGCUACCUUUGACAGUAUACAUGCCACUCCUCCUCAGAACAAGGACAACUAACCUUGAGAGAAUCUCAAUUGGAUUUGCUCGCCUCCUCUCCUCUGUCCUUCGUUCCUCUCCUCGCCUCUUUUUGAAAAAGGUCAAAAGUAAUCGAGGAGAGGAGGCGAGGAGAGGAAACAAAUGCGCUUGUAUGAAACAAAAGCACUAUGUUUGCUCAAGUGGUGGAGAAACUGAAAAAGACAGGACUCCAAGCUGCUCCGCCUGCUCCCUAUAAUGCUGGACCUGGAGAUGUGGAGUGUGAUUUCUGCACUGGGAUAAAACUCAAAGCAGUCAAGUCCUGUCUGGUGUGUCUGGUCUCUUACUGUGAAACUCAACCCCAGCCUCACUAUGAAGUAGCUCCAUUAAAGAAGCACAAGCUGGUCAACGCCUCCACAACUACAGGAGAAGAUCUGCUCUCAUCAUGACAAACUUCUGGAGCUUUACUGCAGUACCGAUCAGCAGUGUAGGCCUAUCUGUCUGCUGUGUGCGAUGGAUGAACAUAAAGGCCAUGAUACAGUCUCAACUGCAGAAGAAAGGACUGAGAAACAGGUAAGGAUGGGAACUCCACUGUUUGAUAUCCCCGAUUUGCAUUUAAACAUAGAAUGAUAUAUACUAUAUACAGUAUAUUUAUAAUUAAAUGGAAGUGUUUUUGCUGAGGUGAUAUACUGUAACUGGAAGAGCAAAAAACAACAGCCAACGCCCAGAAAUAUCAAGGUACAAUAGAUAAAGUAUCAAUCAUUAACUGUUGUCAGGAUAAACUUCAGUUGUCUUUUAGGAAUACAUUUAAUCUCAUUGUUUCAAGUUUUAUUAUUAGUCGUAUAUACGGGAUACACAUGGUAUACAUCGUCCAAUGAAAUGCUUACUUGCAGGUUCCUUCUCGACAAUGCCACAACAAUAAUUAAUACAAGAUAAGAAUACAAACAUAAAGUUAAUGGCUCAGUAGAAUAGAAUAAACCUUUAUAAUGUAUAAGUAUAAUACAGGAAGGCACAAUUUAUAGUCCAAUAUUUACAUGUGUAUUGGGGAAGGGGGGAUGGGGGCAGUAUAAUAAGAGUCUGGUAGCAGCAGUGAUGUAUGUGUAUUUACAUUUUAGUCAUUUAGCAGACACUCUUAUCCAGAGCAAUUAGGGUUAAGGGCCUUGCUCAAGGGCACAUCGACAGAUUUUUCACCUAGUCGGCUCAGGGAUUAGAACCAGCGACCUUUCGGUUACGGGCACAACGCUCUUAACCACUAAGCUACCUGCCGUAUCAUGAAUGUAUAUGUGUGUGUGUAUGUCUGUGUGGGUGUGUGCAUGAGUGAAUGCCUGUGUGCUAAGGUGCGGAGAAUCAGAAGCAGGUGGUCAGUCCAGUUCAAGUGUUCAGCAGUCUGAUGGCUUGUAGAUAGAAACUUUCUCUGAGCCUGUUGGUAUCAGACUUCAUGCUCUGAUACCGUCUGCCCGACGGUAAGGGAGAGAACAGCUCGUGGCUGGGGGGCAUUGCGGUCGUGGAAGGAGCAAUUCGCGUACCAGGCCGUGAUGCAACCUGUCAGGACGCUCUCGAUGAUGCAGCGGUAGUAUUUGGAGAGGACCCGGGGCGGCAUGCCAAAUUUCUUCAGACGCCUUAGAAAGUAGAGACACUGUUGCGCACUCUUGACAAAAGUGGUGGUGUUGUUGGUCCAUGACAAGUCCUCAGUGAUGUGGACGCCGAGGAACUUAAAACUCAUGACUCUCUCUACUGUAGUCCCGUUGAUGUGGACCGGGCCAUCUUCCCUCCUCUGCUUCCUGAAGUCAACAAUCAACUCCUUUGUUUUGCUGACGGUGAGGGAGAGGUUGUUGUCAUAACACCACAAUGCCAGUUCACUUACCUCCUCCCUAUAGGCUGACUCGUCAUUGUUGGUUAUCAGGCCUACAACUGUGGUGUCGUCAGCAAUCUUCAUGAUGGAGUUGGUGUUGUGCAAAGCCACGCGUCGUGGGUGAACAGGAAGUACAGUAGUGGACUGAGGACACACCCUUGGGGGGCCCCUGAGUUUAGAGUUAGUGUGGAGAAGUUGUUGUUGCCAAUCCUCACAUUGAGUUCAUAUAGGGCAUAACAUACAUUGCUCAAAAAAAUAAAGGGAACACUUAAACAACACAUCCUAGAUCUGAAUGAAUGAAAUAAUCUUAUUAAAUACUUUUUUCUUUACAUAGUUGAAUGUGCUGACAACAAAAUAACACAAAAAUGAUCAAUGGAAAUCAAAUUUAUCAACCCAUGGUGGUCUGGAUUUGGAGUCACCCUCAAAAUUCAAGUGGAAAACCACACUACAGGCUGAUCCAACUUUGAUGUAAUGUCCUUAAAACAAGUCAAAAUGAGGCUCAGUAGUGUGUGUGGCCUCCACGUGCCUGUAUGACCUCCCUACAAUGCCUGAGCAUGCUCCUGAUGAGGUGGCGCAUGGUCUCCUGAGGGAUCUCCUCCCAGACCUGGACUAAAGCAUCCGCCAACUCCUGGACAGUCUGUGGUGCAACGUGGCGUUGGUGGAUGGAGCGAGACAUGAUGUCCCAGAUGUGCUCAAUUGGAUUCAGGUCUGGGGAACGGGCGGGCCAGUCCAUAGCAUCAAUGCCUUCCUCUUGCAGGAACUGCUGACACACUCCAGCCACAUGAGGUCUAGCAUUGUCUUGCAUUAGGAGGAACCCAGGGCCAACCGCACCAGCAUAUGGUCUCACAAGGGGUCUGAGGAUCUCAUCUCGGUACCUAAUGGCAGUCAGACUACCUCUGGCGAGCACAUGGAGGGCUGUGUGGCCCCCCAAAGAAAUGCCACCCCACACCAUGACUGACCCACCGCCAAACCGGUCAUGCUGGAGGAUGUUGCAGGCAGCAGAACGUUCUCCACGGCGUCUCCAGACUCUGUCACAUCUGUCACGUGCUCAGUGUGAACCUGCUUUCAUCUGUGAAGAGCACAGGGUGCCAGUGGCGAAUUUGCCAAUCUUGGUGUUCUCUGGCAAAUGCCAAACGUCCUGCACGGUGUUGGGCUGUAAGCACAACCCCCACCUGUGGACGUCGGGCCCUCAUACCACCCUCAUGGAGUCUGUUUCUGACCGUUUGAGCAGACACAUGCACAUUUGUGGCCUGCUGGAGGUCAUUUUGCAGGGCUCUGGCAGUGCUCCUCCUGCUCCUCCUUGCACAAAGGCGGAGGUAGCGGUCCUGCUGCUGGGUUGUUGCCCUCCUACGGCCUCCUCCACGUCUCCUGAUGUACUGGCCUGUCUCCUGGUAGCGCCUCCAUGCUCUGGACACUACGCUGACAGACACAGCAAACCUUCUUGCCACAGCUCGCAUUGAUGUGCCAUCCUGGAUGAGCUGCACUACCUGAGCCACUUGUGUGGGUUGUAGACUCCGUCUCAUGCUACCACUAGAGUGAAAGCACCGCCAGCAUUCAAAAGUGACCAAACAUCAGCCAGGAAGCAUAGGAACUGAGAAGUGGUCUGUGGUCACCACCUGCAGAACCACUUCUUUAUUGGGGGUGUCUUGCUAAUUGCCUAUAAUUUCCACCUGUUGUCUAUUCCAUUUGCACAACAACAUGUGAAAUUUAUUGUCAAUCAGUGUUGCUUCCUAAGUGGACAGUUUGAUUUCACAGAAGUGUGAUUGACUUGGAGUUACAUUGUGUUGUUUAAGUGUUCCCUUUAUUUUUUUGAGCAGUGUAUUUCAAACAUGACAAACACUAGAAUAUAAAUAGUUUCAAAAUAUAAAUGGCUAAAGGCAUUUCACAUUCAUAGGAUUUAUUUAUAUGCAAACAGUUGGAGGAGAAACAUCAGAAAUCCCAACAGACAAUCCAGGAGAGACAGAAAGAGAUGCAGGACGUGAGACAGGCUGUGGACUCUGAAGCUAAGUGUUGGGGUCAUCUAUGUAAAUUAUAUACAUAUUUACAUUUCCAGGCUGUCUGGGAUCCAGGUAAGAGCUGAGUGAAUGGACUGGAUGAAAUGGACCCCCCUCCUCUGUGUGUGAAUCCUUACAGCACUCUGCACUGGCAGCAGUGGAAGCCAGUGAGAGGAUCUUUACUGAGCUCAGCCACUCCAUUGAGAGAAGGCGCUCGUAUGUGAAGGAGCUGAUCAGAGCCCAGGAAUGGUCUGAACUGAGUCGAGUUGAAAGAGAAACUGGAGCAGGAGUUUGCUGA